AGAGGGACUCGACGAUUUUAGUAGUAUCACUGAUUUCAACGUAGUAGCAUUCAGGAAUGGUAGAGUACGAUACUGUUGAGUACUCUUGAGCUGCUCCUGUAAGUGUUGUUGAACUGUAAUCGUACUUUGGAGUAGCGGUAGGGAAACUGAGGGAACCUUUGUUUCCAUUGAAAGAACUGAGUAAACUUCCAGAAGCACUUGCUGACGUCUCAUACGGUUGUCGUUUGUAACUACAGUUGUUUCUAUAUUAGUUGAUCACAAGCUGGACUCUUUUAUACUUACAUUUUGUAAUGCUGUAUCCUUAAGUUGAUUGGUAUUGCAUUUGCUAGUACAAGUAGAGCAAAUAACAGCACUAAGAUAAUCUAAUAGUUUUGAUGAUACACAUCGUCUCUUUGCAGGAACCAAUUGUAUCAGCAAGCAGUUUCAUGUCGUCUCUCAGUAAAGCAAGAGAAACCGCCAUGCAGCCAAUCGAACUGUGCAGGGAUGCAGAGAAAGGGCCAUGUAGCCAAUCGACACUUUGGAUGGCUCCUGUGCAUUGCUGCGUUCACGUUUCGCAUCAAAUAAUAUCACAACAAAAAAAAUGGUGCAUUGUGAUUGGAUAAUUUAAGUCGUUUCGUUCGCAACGGCCAUGGGAGAUGAUGCACGUGUCUUCGACGGUGGCCUGGCGUGCACUUACCUGUUGUGGUGUAAACCCAUCAUAGGACUUGUUGUGUGUCCGUCCUGGUUAUAGCUAUGAACUCGUUGUUCCUAUACCUGUUGGACUCAACUAUUUUUCUUAAGAAACGAGGUCCAAUAUAUAAAGUUGGGAUAGAAUCAAUGAGAGUUUAGUUGUUAUGAAUUAACUGCCUCGUAUUUAAUGGGUACUUAUCUAUUUUAAACAAAUAAAGUGUCAUUAGUAACGUUGGUAAAUGGUUUUUUCACAAGAUAGUAGUUUGUUGUUCCCAAUAAAGUGCUUUGGAAGAUA